AAGACCCACCCGCUCCUUUUCAUUAGCAAGUCGGUCCGCGUCUCGGUGUUAUUUAAAACCAGCUAUUCCAACCCCUCUCGCGCAGCCACCGUGUUGCAUCUGUUUGCCGCUUCGCGUGCGCGUGAGUGAGUGCGCGCGCGCGCGCGAGGGUGCACUGAAAUCUCAAGCAGCGAGUGAGAAGGGAGAGCAAGAGAGUCAGGAGAGAGACGCAGGGGAAAGGCUAAAAGCAUCCGAGACGGGCAAGGAACGGGAGUGUGAUUCACAGCUAUGAAAUCCAUCCAGGCUUUUUGUAUGCUGCUUCUCUGUCCAGCUUUGAGUCUCAACACCAGACACGGCUAUGAUGGGCUGGAAAAGAAGCUGAAAGAAGUCUUCACUGAAAGAAGCAACAUCUUGCACCAACUCUCCAAGACAUCUAAGGAGCUGGAUAGCAUAAAAGGCAACAUUCAGUCAUUGAAAAACGAUGACUCAGUUGCCAAGAAGGACGUACAAAGGAUUUUGGAGCUCAGCCACAAACAAAGAGACGAGAUGAAGUCCCUCCAGGCUGCCUUGCAAAAGCAGCUGGAUGAGGCAAACGACAGAGCCGAGAAGCAGCAGGCCACGGUUAAACUGAUUAAAGCAGAGAUGGAAAAGAAAACCAAAAUCAUCAAGGAUUUACAGCAAGAGAACAAGAGCUUGAAGAAUAAACUCUUGUCAGGAAACAAGCUUUGUGAUGCUCAUGCUGAAGAGUCCAAAAAAAUCCAGGCUCAACUGAAAGAACUGCGGUAUGGGAAAAAAGAUUUCAUUUUUAAGGGACAGCAGCUAAUGGAUUUGGAACACAAGUUAACCAUAGCCAAGGAAGAAUUAGAGAAGACCGCUCUUGACAAGGAGUCUCAGAUGAAGGCGCUAAAGGACACAGUUCACAUCUGCUUCUCUGCUGUCCUUCACAACCAGCCCAGCAGCAGCCACAGAUUUCCCACCUCCUCCUCCCAUUUGUACAGAUACUCAUCACUCAUCAACAGCUCCCGAGUCACCUUUCAACAGCCCCAUGCCAAGGAUAUCUCUAAAGUUCAGAGAGUCAUCACAACCAGCAAAACCCCCAUGAACAUUGGCGUAAUGAGGAGAGAAAGUGGUGGAGUUAAAAAGUGCCAGAUGGAGGAGACUGGCACUGACUGCUUCCAGAAUCAGACGAAGGAAUUAUCUCCAGAAGCAAAACAACCACAACCACAUCAGCAAAGAAGCCAAGGGCAGCCCGGGAGCUUGAAAAGCACUGAAAAGCGCCCAGACGACAGCGAGGACGAAGGGCAAAGCGGCAGCAGCAGCAGAAAGAUAAAGCCUCAAAAAUACAACUGAGCGGACAGGGUAUCAAUGAUAUUUCAAAGAGCACACACACACACACACAUCUGAUGCACUUUCACAAGAAAGUGUACACACACAAACACACACACACACACACACACGAACACACACACACUCACACACAGCAUCAGAAUUGCUUGCAAAAGCUAAGACAGUGGAAAUGUCAACACAAGAACAUGGCAUGCAUUAUCCAGUUUUAAUUUGAAGGUAGCAAUGGCACUGGUCAUUUGUUUGAUGAUUGUUCAUUUGAUGUUUACUUAUCUGAGUUUUAUUCUUAGUGAGGGUACCGCUUUCUAAUAUGUGAUCUUUUGAGAAAAAUCCCUUUGCACUGGCAAGGCCAGGACACUCUCAAGAGUGAGAAGUCACUGAAUUGGCCGAUGCCUGUUCCACACUGUAUGGUUUUUGCAGUCUUCACUCACUCACUUUCGGAAUGUUGUGUGGUGGAACAUACAUUGAAUCAUGGCUACAACUGAGUGAUUUUCAGGGCCUUACUGCAGUGUCUUUGCAUCAUUCGUAUGGGUCCACAACAGGUGGCGGUUGUGACUUUGAGCCAAAACGUGCUCACGUCGUGGUUUUCACGUGGAAACUAAAUGAAUAAAAGAAGAAAUAGGAGAAUGUGUGUCAAAUCUUAAAAACGUAGCUCAAGGUGAGUUACAUUAUUAAUGCAAGUUUACAUACACAGUUGCUGUUGAUGAUAGUGGCUGUGACAACGAUAUUCAUGUCAUUUCAUGAUGUGUUUCUCUUGUUUUGUUUUCUAUCCGCGAUCGAAGCGCCAGAGAGGCUGUGAAAUGAUUUUCUCUAGAUUUGGGAUGUUGGUCGCAGUCCGUAUUGUGUUGCAAGACUGCAUUUUCCAUCAGAGAUGGUGAAAAUUGUACAGUGCAUUCCCGGCUUUAUACAGAAAAAAAAAUAAUAAUGAUAAUAAUAGUGUACGUCCACAACAACUACCAAACUUCGACUCUUGUUUGUUACUCAUGGUAGCAGGUUAAUAUACUCCUCUACAUUUUGGAAUAUUAUGGCUCAAGUUGGCUGGCCAACUUUUCAACAUUGAAUCUUUCUGCACUCUUUCUGCCUUUACCACUCCAGAGGCAACGAGCCAAAGACUCACAAUGGGUCGUCUCCCCGAGAAUGUGCCAUGCACUGAGUAGUAACUCCUAGCUACAUGUAUCUGUGUUCUCUGACCUUGAUGUGUACUUUCAAUGAACUGUAAUUUUCAGUACAUUUGUGAAAAAUAAAUGGUUAUUUGUGGGAAAACAAAAAA